CGCCGCCUCCUCCUCCGCUGCUGUUGGUUGAAUGGUGGAGCUGAGGCUCUGGCUGGGGAACACACAGUGACAGCUACAGGGCAGGCAGGCAGGCGGCGGCGCCGUCCCCGCUUCCCGUCCUCGGCGGGGGAACCCCGCCAGUGGCCCCUAAGUGACCAAUAAACAUGUCUUGUGAGAGCAAAGGCCUCUCGGAGCUGCGAUCGGAGCUCUACUUCCUCAUCGCCCGGUUCCUGGAAGAUGGACCCUGUCAGCAGGCGGCUCAGGUGCUGAUUCGAGAAGUGGCCGAGAAGGAGCUGUUACCCCGGCGAACUGACUGGACGGGGAAAGAGCAUCCCAGGACCUACCAGAAUCUGGUGAAGUAUUAUAGACAUUUGGCACCCGAUCACUUGCUGCAAAUAUGCCAUCGACUAGGACCACUUCUAGAGCAAGAAAUUCCUCAAAGUGUCCCUGGAGUGCAAACAUUAUUAGGAGCUGGAAGACAGUCUUUGCUUCGCACAAAUAAAAGCUGCAAACAUGUUGUGUGGAAAGGAUCAGCUCUUGCUGCUUUACAUUGUGGAAGACCUCCUGAGUCUCCAGUCAACUAUGGCAGUCCCCCCAGUAUAGCGGAUACUUUGUUUUCAAGGAGACUGAAUGGGAAGUACAGACUUGAGCGACUUGUACCUACUGCAGUGUAUCAGCACAUGAAAAUGCACAAAAGAAUUCUUGGACAUUUAUCUUCUGUAUACUGUGUAACUUUUGAUCGAACCGGAAGGAGAAUAUUUACUGGUUCUGACGAUUGCCUUGUAAAAAUCUGGGCAACAGAUGAUGGAAGAUUGUUGGCUACUUUAAGAGGCCAUGCAGCUGAAAUAUCAGAUAUGGCUGUGAACUACGAAAACACCAUGAUAGCUGCUGGAAGCUGUGAUAAAAUGAUUCGAGUGUGGUGUCUACGAACAUGUGCUCCUUUGGCAGUUCUUCAGGGUCACAGUGCAUCCAUAACAUCACUACAGUUUUCUCCGUUAUGCAGUGGCUCAAAGAGAUAUCUCUCUUCUACAGGGGCAGAUGGCACAAUAUGUUUUUGGCUAUGGGAUGCUGGAACCCUUAAAAUAAAUCAAAGACCCACAAAAUUUACAGAACGUCCUCGACCUGGAGUCCAAAUGAUCUGUUCUUCUUUUAGUGCUGGUGGAAUGUUUCUGGCCACAGGAAGUACCGAUCAUAUUAUUAGAGUUUAUUUUUUUGGAUCAGGUCAGCCAGAGAAAAUAUCAGAACUGGAGUUUCAUACUGACAAAGUUGAUAGCAUCCAGUUUUCAAACACUAGUAGCAGGUUUGUAAGCGGGAGUCGUGAUGGAACAGCCCGAAUUUGGCAGUUUAAGAGAAAAGAAUGGAAGAGUAUUUUGUUAGAUAUGGCUACUCGUCCAGCAGGACAAAACCUGCAAGGGGUGGAAGACAAAAUCACAAAACUUAAAGUAACUAUGGUAGCAUGGGACCGUCAUGACAACACUGUUAUAACUGCUGUUAAUAAUAUGACAUUGAAAGUCUGGAAUUCUUAUACUGGUCAACUUAUUCAUGUACUCAUGGGCCAUGAAGAUGAAGUAUUUGUUCUUGAACCACACCCAUUUGAUCCUAGAGUUCUUUUUUCUGCUGGCCAUGAUGGAAAUGUGAUAGUGUGGGACCUGGCUAGAGGAGUCAAAAUUCGUUCUUAUUUCAACAUGAUUGAAGGCCAAGGACAUGGAGCAGUAUUUGACUGCAAAUGCUCUCCUGAUGGUCAGCAUUUUGCAUGUACAGACUCACAUGGGCAUCUUUUAAUUUUUGGCUUUGGCUCCAGUAGCAAGUAUGACAAGAUAGCCGAUCAGAUGUUCUUUCAUAGUGAUUAUCGGCCUCUAAUCCGUGAUGCCAACAACUUCGUGUUAGAUGAACAAACUCAGCAAGCACCUCAUCUCAUGCCUCCCCCAUUUUUAGUUGAUGUUGAUGGUAACCCUCAUCCAUCAAGAUAUCAGAGAUUAGUACCUGGUCGUGAAAACUGCAGGGAUGAACAGCUUAUUCCUCAGAUGGGAGUAACAUCCUCAGGACUAAAUCAAGUUUUAAGUCAGCAAGCAAAUCAGGAAGUCAGUCCUUUGGACAGCAUGAUUCAGAGGCUCCAGCAGGAACAAGAUCUGAGACGCUCUAGUGAAGCUGGUGCCAGUAACAAUAGCCGUUUAGGCAGAGCCUCUGUAAGUUCUACCUCAGAAGUUCAUUCACCACCGAAUAUAGGCCUGAGGCGAAGUGGACAAAUUGAAGGUGUAAGGCAAAUGCAUAGCAAUGCACCAAGAAGCGAGAUAGCUACAGAGCGGGAUCUUGUGGCCUGGAGUCGAAGGGUUGUAGUACCUGAAUUAUCAAUUGGGGUUGCCAGUAGGCAAGAAGAAUGGAGAACUGCAAAGGGAGAAGAAGAAAUAAAAAUUUACAGGUCAGAAGAGAAAAGAAAACACUUUACAAUUCCAAGAGACAAUAAAAUACCUACUCUGUCAAAGAAUCAUGCCCAUGAUCAUUUACUCGAUCCUGGAGACUCAAGAAAGCAACAGACUAAUCAGCAUAACUACCGGACAAGAUCUGCCUUGGAAGAAACUGCAAGACCCUCAGAGGAGUUAGAAAAUGGCAAUAGUUCUUCAGAUGAAGGUGAAGUAGUGGCUGUCAGUGGUGGAACAUCAGAAGAUGAAGAGAGAGCAUGGCACAGUGAUGGCAGUUCAAGUGAUUAUUCUAGUGAUUAUUCUGAUUGGACAGCUGAUGCAGGAAUUAACUUGCAGCCACCAAAGAAAGUUCCUAAACAUAAACUAAAGAAAGCAGAAAGCAGUUCAGAGGAUGAAGAAGAAUCUGAAAAACAGAAGCAAAAGCAAAUUAAAAAAGAAAGGAAAAAAGGAAAUGAAGAAAAAGAUGGACCAACGUCACCAAAGAAAAAGAAGCCCAAAGAGAGGAAGCAAAAGAGAUUGGCUGUUGGAGAAUUGACUGAAAAUGGUUUGACUUUAGAAGAAUGGUUGCCUUCAGUAUGGAUUACGGAUACUGUUCCUCGAAGAUGUCCAUUUGUACCGCAAAUGGGAGAUGAGGUUUACUAUUUCCGACAAGGACAUGAAGCAUAUGUUGAAAUGGCCCGAAAAAAUAAAAUAUAUAGCAUUAAUCCAAAAAAACAGCCGUGGCAUAAAAUGGAAUUGCGGGAGCAAGAAUUAAUGAAAAUAGUUGGCAUAAAAUAUGAAGUGGGUUUGCCUACACUGUGCUGCCUUAAACUUGCUUUUCUAGAUCCUGAUACUGGUAAACUAACUGGAGGAGCCUUUACAAUGAAGUACCAUGAUAUGCCAGAUGUUAUAGAUUUUCUAGUCUUGCGGCAACAAUUUGAUGAUGCAAAAUAUAGACGAUGGAAUAUAGGUGACCGUUUCAGAUCAGUCAUAGAUGAUGCUUGGUGGUUUGGAACCAUUGAAAGCCAGGAGCCUCUUCAGCCUGAAUAUCCUGACAGUUUAUUUCAGUGUUAUAAUGUCUGCUGGGAUAAUGGAGACACAGAAAAGAUGAGUCCUUGGGAUAUGGAACUUAUUCCUAAUAAUGCUGUAUUUCCUGAAGAGCUAGGAACAAGUGUUCCUUUAACUGAUGUUGAAUGUAGAACAUUGAUCUAUAAACCUCUGGAUGGAGAAUGGGGUUCUAAUCCCAGGGAUGAAGAAUGUGAAAGAAUUAUUACAGGAAUAAACCAGCUCAUGACACUAGAUAUUGCUUCUGCAUUUGUGGCCCCUGUGGAUCUACAAGCAUAUCCCAUGUAUUGCACUGUAGUGGCAUAUCCUACUGAUCUCAGUACAAUUAAACAAAGACUGGAAAGCAGGUUUUACAGGCGGGUUUCGUCACUGAUGUGGGAAGUUCGUUAUAUAGAACAUAAUACACGUACCUUUAAUGAGCCUGGAAGCCCUAUUGUGAAAUCUGCCAAAUUUGUCACUGAUCUUCUUCUACACUUUAUAAAAGAUCAGACUUGCUAUAACAUAAUUCCACUCUACAAUACAAUGAAGAAGAAAGUCCUGUCUGAUUCGGAGGAAGAAGAGAAAGAUGCUGAUGUGCCAGGAACUUCUACCCGUAAAAGGAAGGACCACCAACCCAGAAGACGUUUACGCAAUAGAGCUCAAUCUUACGAUACCCAGGCCUGGAGGAAUCAGUGCCAAGAAUUAUUAAACCUCAUAUUUCAGUGUGAAGAUUCUGAACCAUUUCGCCAGCCUGUAGAUCUCCUUGAAUAUCCAGAUUACAGAGACAUUAUUGAUACUCCAAUGGAUUUUGCUACAGUUAGGGAAACUUUGGAAGCUGGGAAUUAUGAGUCACCAAUGGAAUUGUGUAAAGAUGUAAGACUUAUUUUUAGCAAUUCCAAAGCUUACACACCAAGCAAGAGAUCAAGGAUUUAUAGUAUGAGUCUGCGUCUGUCUGCUUUCUUUGAGGAACACAUUAGUUCAGUUUUAUCAGAUUAUAAAUCUGCUCUUCGUUUCCAUAAAAGAAAUACAAUAACCAAAAAGAGGAAGAAAAGAAACAGAAGCAGCUCUAUUUCCAGUAGCACUGCAUCAAGCCCUGAAAGGAAAAAAAGGUUAUUAAAACCUCUCCUGAAGGCAGAUAUCUCUACCUCUCCAUUUUCUACACCUUCACGAACAACAGCCCCAAGACACAAUGCUGCUCAGAUGAAUGGAAAAAGUAUCGAGUCCAGUUCUGUGGUACGGACUAGAAGCAACAGAGGACUUACAGACCUGACUAUAACUGAGCAACCAUCUACAUCUUCAGGAAGCAAACCUUUGAUUUCAAAACCUAAUGUUUCUGUGAUACCUGGGAAAACAAUACUGGAGAAUUCUGCAAAACAUUCCAAAAAUGUAAAUACUCUUUCAGGCCCUAGUCAAUCUAAUUUUAGUCACAGCACUAGGAAUAAUUCUGCAAGAGAAAAUAUGGAGAAGGAAAAGCCAGUCAAACGUAAAAUGAAGUCAUCUACUCUUACCAAGUCACCCACUCCAAUUCAGCAAGCAGAUUGCAAGAAUAAUGCUUUGGCAUCAGGAAGCAUCCAAGUAAAUGGACAUGGAGGUCAGCCAUCAAAACUCGUUGUAAAGAGAGGCCCUGGAAGGAAACCUAAGGUAGAGGUGAAUAUAAGCAGCAAUGAAGUUGUGCACAAGAAAAGAGGCAGAAAGCCCAAAAAAUUACAGUGUAUAAAACAGGAAAAUUCAGAGCAAAACAUAGUACAAACCAUUAGAGAUGUGAUUAAUGAUGAAGUAACUGCAGCUUCUUCAGCGUGCAAUUUUCUUUCUGAAACUGAUGUUGUAAAAGAAGAUUUGUUACAAAAAAAGGGCCGUGGGGGCAGAAAGCCCAAAAGAAAGACAAAGGCACAGAAGCCAGAUUCAGACCUUAUGGUUCCUGCAAGUGUUAAGAUGCUAAGAAGAAGUAGUAGAAAAAAGACAGAUGAACCUAUGGACGAGGAUGAAGGGUCUGAGGAACUUAAGGGCUCUGAGCCCCACAUGAGAACUAGAAACCAGGGUCGAAGGACAGCAUUUUACAAUGAAGAUGACUCUGAAGAAGAACAAAGGCAGCUAUUAUUUGAAGACACCUCUUUGACUUUUGGAACAUCGAGCAGAGGACGAGUCCGAAAGUUGACUGAAAAAGCAAAAGCUAAUUUAAUUGGUUGGUAACAUGUACCAAAAUAUUUUACUUUAAAUGAUAUAAAGCAGGUACAGUUAAGGAACAAGUAGAACCAAGGCUUCUUCCUUGCUGCUAUUAUGGAUUAGAGAAUGUUAUAAUUUGAAAGAAUUAGCAAAAAAAAAAAAAAAAAAAAAA